AUGUUCAGCAUGCUGGUCAUAGCCCGUCGCAAACCACGGCCAAAAUGGGAAAGAAAGAGACUGAAACCAGAAGCUGUUCCUUCUGUCUUUCCCUUUGCGUGUAAGAAUGAGUUACCUAGCACAAGAGAGCAAAGAUACAGUAAAAGAGUCAAGUGUGAUACAGAUCAGAGUGAAAAUGUUUUUAGUAGUGAAUGUGUGGUGAAUGAAAAUGUUCCUAGUAGUGAAUGUGUUGUGAAUGAAGUGGUGGUGGAAUCAACGCAAGAAGUUAGUGUAGAUUGUGAUUCAGAAUGUUAUAGGCCUAAAAUUCUUGGUCCCGCAGCACAUGAUUUGAACCUUAAGAGCAACUUCCUUUCCCCACAAGACCAGUUAUUUUUAGUUAUGAUGAAAUUGAGACAAGCAAAAGAAGACAUUGAACUGAGUUAUUUGUUUCAAGUUAGUGAAAGUACUGUUUCAAAUAUCAUUGGUACAUGGAUCAACUUUAUGUACUAUCAACUUAAAGAGCUUAACAUUUGGCCCUCUAGAUCAGUAAUAGAUGAGUAUAUGCCCGAUGACUUCUUUGCGAAUUUUAACAAAACUAGAGUAAUACUUGAUGCCACUGAGGUACCAAUAAAUAAGCCCCAGAAUGUAAAUGCCCAAAGUGCUUCAUUUUCCAAUUAUAAGAACAAAAAUACACUGAAGGUCAUGAUUGGUUGCACACCACGUGGCACUGUUAGUUAUAUUUCAGAUGCUUACUGUGGUGCCACAAGUGACAGACAAAUCAUUGAACGGUCUGACUUGUUACUAGAAAAAGACAAAUUUCAAGAUCAUGACAGUAUAAUGGCCGACAGGGGCAUUAUGGUCCAGGAUUUGUUUGCUUCUCGUAACAUUCAAGUAAACACACCAACAAUGAUAAAAGGAAAAAGCCAGCUUGAGGCACAAGUUGUUGUCAAAGAUCGAAGAAUCGCCUCCAAGCGUAUUCAUGUGGAGAGGAUCAUUGGACUGGCAAAGACUUUUAAAAUCCUCAAGAAAGAGCUUCCAGGAAAAGCUAUUUUAGGCUCCAGAAUUAUUUUCAUUUGUUUUUCAGAAUUGAAUUUUAGACCUUGCAUUGUUGAAAAAUAUUCAUUAUAA